CGCGCAGUCAUCGCCAUUUUGAAUUACAGCCGCACUUCGCUGGCUGAUGACUGAAAGGAGGCAAGAUUUCUUCGUUUCUGAAAUAUUUCUGCGCAUUCAAAGCUAUACUUACUGGAUACCUAUUGUGAGGGAUUUAUAUCGCUCUAAGUAUGGCUCACCGAAAUCUAAAACAGGUCAACAUUCAAAACAACGCACCGUCGCCGAAACCUCAGCAGCAGCAGCAGUACCACCAGCAGCACACAAAGCGCAACAUGGACUCUCCAGGCAUGGAGCGAAGGCCGAAUGUUGCGGAUGGGAAAACCCCACCACCAAAGCCGCAGACGGCUGCCAGCCCUGCGGCAGAGGGGGAGGGUGGAGCCGGAGAGUCGCAGGAGAUGACGCUGGAUAUAAAGAGUUUCAGGAGACCCGGGGAGAAAACCUUCACGCAGCGUUGUAGGUUGUUCAUCGGUAACCUCCCGACAGACCUCACGGAGGAUGAUUUCAAAAAGCUGUUUUCCAAGUAUGGCGAGGCUAACGAGGUGUUUAUCAACCGAGACCGAGGAUUCGGCUUCAUUCGACUGGAAACCAGGACGCUGGCGGAGAUUGCCAAGGCAGAGUUGGACGGCAUAGUGCUGGGGAACCGACCUAUCCGGAUCCGCUUCGCCACGCACGGCUCUGCCCUCACGGUGCGGAACCUUUCCCCCGUGGUCUCCAACGAGCUCCUUGAGGAGGCCUUCUCCGAGUUCGGCCCCGUGGAAAGGGCUAUCGUUGUGGUGGAUGACCGUGGAAGGCCCACUGGGAAGGGCUUCGUGGAGUUUGCCAACAAACCUUGUGCUCGUAAAGCCCUGGAUCGCUGUGCUGACGGGGCGCUGCUGCUCACCACGUCUCCUCGGCCUGCCAUUGUGGAACCCACCGAGCAGCUGGAUGAAGAAGAUGGACUCCCAGAGAAGUUGCUGGUGAAAUCUGUACACUACCACAAGGAGAGGGAGCACCCCCCGCGGUUUGCCCAGCCGGGGACAUUUGAGUUUGAGUACUCGUCCCGCUGGAAGGCCCUGGACGAGAUGGAAAAGCAGCAGAGAGACCAGGUUGAGCGCAACAUCCGAGAGGCAAAGGAGAAGCUGGAGCAAGAGAUGGAGGCCGCCAAGCACGAGCAUCAGCUCAUGAUGAUGAGACAAGACCUGAUGAGGCGUCAAGAAGAGCUGAGACGUCUGGAGGAGCUUCGCAACCAGGAGCUGCAGAAACGCAAGAAUAUAGAGAUGAGACAUGAGGAGAGGCGUAGGCAGGAGGAGGAGAUGAUGCAGCGCCAUCGAGAGCAGGAAGAGAUGAGACGCCAACCGGACGGCUUCAAGCCAAACUAUGCGGACACCAGAGAACAGGAAAUGAGAAUGGGUGAACUGGGCCCUCGUGGAGCCAUUAAUAUGGGAGAUGGGUUUAACCCCGCCUCUGUUGCCGGGGCCAGUGUAAACCAGGGACCCCCUCAAAUGAUUGGCAUAGGCAUGAGCGGAAGGGCCGGAGCCAUGGGCCCCGAGGGAACUCCAAACAUGGGCGCACCAAACAUGAUGCCAGACAAUGGAGCCAUGCGCAACGAUAGGUUCCCCCAGGGGGCUCCUAAUCAGAUUGGUUCGUCCCCCAUGAGUGGCCGUCCAGGUGUCGAGUCCCCUCAGCAGCAACAGGCAGUGGGGGCAGGGCUUAUGGGGGCAGGGCCUGGGCCUGCAGUGGGGGGGCCAGCAGGCUUCGGGAGGGGAAUCCCUGUUGUGGGAAACUAUGAAGGGCCUAACAACAAACGUCGCAGAUACUAAUUGUGUUAUUAUGUUUACAUUUUUUCAACGGUGUACCCCAAGGCUCAAUAUUUGGAUCUCUUGCUUUUCCUUUCUCAUUAUGUAAAAUAACUGAUUUAUUUUCUCGUCAAAUGUUUGUUUCUGUUCUUUUAAUUUGGGCUGAUUAUUUCCCUCAGCUUCUUCAUGUGUCCCAAAUGUUGACUGAGGGGGAAAAAAUACUUGUUUUAUAUCAAAAGCCAGGCCCAAUAGUCAUGCAAAAACACAAAUCUUCAAUGUUGGCCGCCAAAGGCCAAUAUCAACUGCGAUGUAUCUUGAUGUAGUCAGGUCUGUAGGUAAGGUUUAGGCCAAUAUUAACUGUGAUGUAUCUUGAUGUAGGCAGGUCUGUAGAUGGCUUAUAAACUUCUGUAUGAUGUUGUUUCUUGCUUUUUGCUAUCAGUAUCCUAUCCUCCUGUUAUUGUUGUUUUCAGUAGAUCCUAGUAACAAGUGAAGACCUGCAUUGCCUCUGCAAUGGUUAGCUUACUUUGAUUUCCUCCCGUCCAUGGAAUGUCUUUCCAGUACAUUGCAUCCUGUAGUAGUAGUUUGGCUAACUGCAAUAAAACUGAAAUGCCAUUUUGUGAAAACUAAGUUGAUUGAAGUAAAAAAAAAAAAAAAAAAAA